CCUAACCCUGUUGCUGUUUGAACUACUGAAUUUCCCCACGGGGUUAAUAAAGGUCCAUCUUAUCUUAUCUUCUAAUCUCUGAGCUCUGCUUUCAGUAUCGGUUUGGUUCGGGCCUCGCCUCUGACAUCUGACCAAGCUUACGUUUAAAGAAUAAUUUGUCCUACAGGUGCUGCAAGUCACCAAAGAAAACAAAGCAGUGGAAACCAGGUGAAAUAAACGCUGACAUGGCGCCGACAAAGUAUUUAAAACCAGGGGAUUUGAUUGAGAUCUCCAAGGGAGGCUAUAAGCACUGGGCUGUGUAUGUGGGCGAUUGGUUCAUUGUCCACAUGUCACCAACCUCUGGUGCUAGUUCCAGCAGUUCGAUGUCUGUUAGCAAUGAGAAGGCCUUGGUGAAGAAAGAGAAGCUGACGGAUGUGGUGGGAAACGACACGUGGAAACUCAAUAACAGCAUGGACAAGGACUACAAGCCCCGCCCGGCGGAGGACAUUGUGAGGGACGCCUGUGCGAGGGUCGGUGAACUGCUGCGCUACAGCCUUUUUGAACACAACUGUGAGCACUUUGUCAAAAAGCUGCGCUACGGAGAAGCAAAGUCCAAGCAGGCGCGUGCUGGAGGACUGGGCAUGUGCUUCAGUGCAAUUGUGGUCAUGGGUUCGUCUGUCUUGUUCCCACCAGCAGCCGUCAUUGCGGCUUCGCUCUAUGUGUCUGGUGCCGUUCUGGCCGUGAAGAACGACUGACCAAUUUGCUGCCCUAGGCAAGAUCUUAGCUAACAGAACAUUGAUAUUUGUUAGUUGCUAAUGAAGAUAUAAGAUACUUGAGUCAAACUUAGGAACACAUUUUUUACACAAUCAAUUAACACUUACUCAAUUGUAAUUACAUUUUAUGCAAGAGCCAUGUAAUGUCACAGUCACUACGGCCUUCUGUUCAGUGUAAAAACACUUUGAUGAACUUUGGGUCCUGUCCGAGAGGAGACUUGUCGACUCAAUGAAUUCUACACAUUUGCUGUUUUGUUAUGAAAUGAGUUCACAAGUUAACUGGAAAUGCAUAACACUUUGUCUUCCUCUGACAUUACAUUGUUUGUAAUCGUUUUGAAUAAAGAAUAAUUUGUGUGAUUCUG